ACCAUCUCUUUCCCACAGGUUUCUUUUUUACAAACAGUAUGCUCCGCGCCCUUUUCUUGGCCUCUUUGGCCAUGAUCUCCUCGGGUUACCCCUGGGCCGUUUCACCCCAGGAUGAUAUUGAGAUUGGCGUCAGACAUAUCAAUGAGGCACGCCGGGCAGCAGGACUCCAUGAACUCGCCUGGGAUACAUCUCUUGCACAAUCUGCUCAGUCUUGGGCCGAUAAACUUGCGGAAGGAGAAGUCCCACACGGUUACUCGUUAGCUCAGUAUCCAGUAUCAGGAGAAGCCAUAUAUGAGGAAGAAACAGCAACGGAUUGCGUGGGACAAUCGUUCGAAGCUACUCUACAAAGCGCGGUGGGUAAUUGGCUUCACAAAUGGGAAGCAGAGCCUGGUGUAGAAACCAAAACCAAUCACGAUGCGUGCAUGGCAUCCACCGCAGAAUACGUGGGGUGCGGCAAAGCGUUUAAUACUCACUCCGAUGAUGAAGAAAAGAAGUGCAAGUUUUAUGACGUGUGCUUCUUUGGGCACGGUCUUCGAACACCACCAAAGCCAAAGACAUCUUGGGCUCAUCACUGGGGUCACCCUAUUUAUGUCCCAACACCUUUCAAGUUCACCCCCAUUGAAGGCUCAGAGGACUCAGAGGAAGACGCCAAGCUUGAAUUCUCUGGUUCAGAAGACUAAGCUGAUCACUUAUGUAUCGAGACUCGGGCGACUAUGGCUCGGAUUGAAUCGGCAUCUAUGGAAGGGGACUCGGGUGGCGAAUGGAAAUCAUAAUCAGUAACAGAACAUAAUUAAUGUUUAUUGAAUUACAAACAGUCUACUAUC